AUGGCGGACGGCUGGAGCCCUGAUACUGGCGAGGCAGUUUAUCGUUCCCGGGACGCUGUCAAAAACCUGAAAAUAAGAGUACGGAUCCAGCGUGUCACCUCCACAGCAGUCCUCUCACAACAGCACCAAGUGUCGGGGCAGCAGGAGAGAGGUGUCAUUGAGCUUGAUACCUUAAACAGCCAGGCCCGAUCAGAAGGGGGCCAUGGUGAUGAUGAGGAGGAGCAGGUAGUUGGCUGGCAGGAUAAACUGUUCAGUGAGUUUGAGGUGGAUUUCUUCCGGAUGGAGUCAGUAUGUCAGACCCCGUUGGAUCGACAGUACCACAGUGAGAUUAUGGCUCUGGAGCGGACCGGAGGAAGACGUAACCGCCGAAUAUUCACCUACACCGACUACGACCGCUUCACCAACUUGGAAGAGCAGCACUAUCAGAGUCUGAUGACCCCAUUCAAGGCCACCCCCACCUUCUUGGCAGAGAGGAUGGCAAACAUUAGGCACAGAAGACAGGAGAGACACCCAGUGGAAGGGAGUGUGCCCAAGUCUCGGCUGAUCACCUGGGAGCCGUCAGAGGAGUUCAUCAAGAACAGUCAUGUGAUCAACACACCUGUGCAGACCAUGCACAUCAUGGGAGACCUGGGGCCUUCUGGGAGACUGGGUCAGAAGGAAAAUGAGUAUGUGCUGUGCACUGUGAAAGUCGACAGUAGUGGAGUCAUCACAGUCAAACCAGACUUCAGCAACACUGAAGGUCCCUACAGGCUGGAGACAGACGGGGAGAAGCGAGAGGUGUGGCGGCUCACGUUGGAGAAUGUGUCUGCCGGCAUCAGCCUGGAAGAGAAAGAGCGGGAGCAACGUGUGUACAGAGACCUCUACGUCCGCCACAAAGACUACCUCAGAAGUCUGGUGGGCCAAGACUUUGAAAUGCCUCCCCCUGGGAUUCUACGCAUGCUGGUGAAUGGAGAGAUUGUGUCAGCCAAGGGGUAUGAGUAUGACGACCUAUACAUUCACUUCUUCCUGGAGUUACCCAACAACUGGUCAAGCCUGCCAUUCCAGUCUCUCUCUGGGGUUACGCAGACAUGCCGCACUCGCACGCUGGGCAAGGACAAUGUUGCUUUCUUCUCUUACCCGUUCAGUUUUGAGGCAUUCUUCAGGAAAGAAGAUGAGACAGAAGAGUCCCUGCCCCAGUGGCCAGUUCUGUACUUUGAGGUUCUUUCCUUGGACAUUUGGCAGCGUUACAGGACCGAAGGCUACGGAUAUCUGGUCAUUCCUGCAACUCCUGGCUGCCACACGCUGACCUGCAGCACAUGGAGGCCUCAGCAGUGCGGGACAGUGGCGGAGCUGCGCCGCUUCUUCAUCGGCGGGGCCCCCGAGCUUGAAGACAGCAGCUACGUCCGGGUGCCCGGGACCUUCAAGGGGGACCGUCUCAGUCGCUUUGGCUUCCGAACAGAGACCACGGGAAGCGUAACCUUCACUCUCCACUGUAUUCAGCAUGCCAGGGCUUUUGUUGAUGCCAGCACCCUGAAGAGGAGGAGGCAGACUGUCCUGGACAAGCUAGGUGGCUUCAGCCAGCAAGGAUCUGUUUACAAUGUGUUAGAUGCUUUCCAGAGGGCACGGAGGCGAAUGCAGGAGGCCAGAGAGAGCCUUCCCCGAGACCUCAUCAAUACCUCUGCAUCGCUGGCCCCCGAGUCCACAGCGUAGGCCCUCCAACAAACCUGCCGUGUGCUACUCCCUUACCGCCUGGUGCCUUAAGCCCUCUGGCCUUCAUCCCCAUUCAGAUUAGAUAAUGCUUUUGAAAUGCAUCCAUACCACUGUCCUAGUGUU